AUUUCUGGCAAAGUGUCUCUGUCAUUCAUGUUUGGUGGAGUCAAUAAUUGAAGUUUCAAAACAAACCCCUUUCAUUCAAAGGAUAGGAAUAUAGCCUUCCUCACUUUACUCCUGUGAAGUGCAGGGUUUUCCACUUACUGGGUGAAGAACAAUUUUCAGGGUUUGUUGUUGGUUCACCUGAAUCAUUCGUUUUGAUUAUUUGGAAUUGUGGGUAUGCAAUGAAGUGUGCAGAUUUCAUGGAUAAAUUUUGAAAGUUCGUUUUUUUUUUCCCCCAAAAAAAUUUCAGUUGGAUAAGCAUGUUACCUGAGCCCUGUGAUUCAAACAUGCUUCUGUCUCUGCCUGAUGAUGUAUUUGCCAUCGUUUCUGAGUUCCUCUUGCCGAGAGAUUUGUGUAAUUUGGGUCUGUGCUGCAGGAGUUUGAACGCUCUUGUUGCAUCUGAAAAAAUCUGGCUCACUCAAUGUGACGUUUUGGACAUAGUGCCCCAUAAGGACCUUGUUGAGUGGAGAAAGGGUGUUUCAUCUUACAAGGCACUUUGCCGUUUUCUGCUGAGUGUCCAGCCAUUGAUUGGAUUAUGGGUUUAUCAGAAUCCUGAGCUUGGCAACGUGGUGUAUGUCAUGCCUGGUUUUGUUUCAGUUGUUGGUUGCAGGAUAAUUCCUCAGGAGCUUGGUCCAUUGGGUAUUGAAGAAGGUCCUAUUCUCUGGGCAUCUGUUUUUGAAGUUAUUGGUAAUUUUGAUGGUUCAACCACAUUUCUUCUUCAUGGAAGGGAAAAGGGAAUUGAUUAUGUAUAUCCGGGUUCACUCAAGCCUAUAGAGAAAUCUUGCAAUGUACUAUUGCUUGAGGUUGAACCUGGGCAAAAUAAGAGUGUCAGUACUUUGUUGCAGAGUAAAAGCUUUGAGUACCACUCGGGCGUGGAGUUAUCCAGGAAGGUUUGUAGGUCAAAAAGUGAAGUUUCUAUGUCGCAAAGGAUGAUAGGAAAUAACGAGGCAAUGUGUAUAUUCAGCAAAUUAACUUUCGGUGAUAGAAGAAAGUUGCUUGAGGUCACUACUAGCCAAGUUCGACAGAAGGUUCCUGAUAUGGUGAUUGGGCCAUUGUUUCCUAGGUUAAGGGAUGAUGAGGAAAAUUUUCAGAAAGAUUUGGUGCUCUUGUGGGAAAGAAGAUCAUUCCUCUGUCAAAUGUGCACUCUUGGUUGUAGUAGUCACAUGGACUAUAAGCCAAGUUCUCAAGAGGCAGUUGGUCCAAUGCAAUUAGAGCUGGAUAAUAUCAGAACAAAUCUUGACUGUUCAAGUGCUAUGCAUAAUCCUUUGCAUGAGGAGGAUGGUCGCACACAUUGCAUCAAGAGAAAAAGUCUAGGUGGAUUUUUCUGGAGUAGCCUUAAACAGAUUCUUGGAAGAUCAAAUUCAAUUAAUGGCAGUCAUUCAGUUUCCAAGAAGCUUACUUCAAGCAGUGAGAUUAGGCAUGCACGGCUUCAAGAAUUUCUGAGAUCAAGUGACACAAUAAGGCUAACAUUAAAUGCCUCAACUGUUAAGCUAUCUUCUUAUCGAGCAUGGCCAAAUAUGCAUGACAGUCGGUUUGCACUUUACAAGUUGCCUUUGCGAGUUCCCAGAGAUGACCAAGAAUAUGCUGGUUUAUGGGGAGGAACUUUUGGUUGGCCUCCUGGAAAGCCUUCUGAAGACAAGCCUGGAAAGGCUUUAUUCUUUCUUUUGCUCUCUUAUGAGGAGUCUCAGGGACAACAGCAUCUCAUUGCAACCAAAAUAUUGGAAGGCACCCACUAUGUCUUGCAUCCUAAUGGUUCAGCAAUGUUUAUAGUGAAUAUCAAUGAUCCUUCAUCUGAAACCUUUCCUUGGGACACUAAUGCAGACUCGUUUCCAGUGAAUAAUAUCAAGCAUGCUUUCACGGGAGAGGGUAUUGCAAGUGGUUAUGGGUUCAGAUACCCUGGAUCAAAGCCCGGUUCCCUCUUUGUUUUUGAAAAUGGGGUCCUUGCCUUCAUUUGGAAGGAGUCAAGGGCCGUUUUGACCUUGCAAAGACUUAACUUGCUAGAACUUUUGAAGAAGGGUGAAAGGGUACCCUCACUGCCUCCCGUUGCCAAUUUUUCAUAUCUGACAAAGUCCUACUCAAAUGUGUUUACCGGCUUUCCUAGCACUUCAAAUUGUUUGUCUUGAACAAGGUUUGCCUUAACCCUGACAUGCAAGGAUAACACUAGUAUAUUAGUGGGCUUAGGACUCAAAUUGUUUUUGUGCACCUAGAUUACUAUGGUUUGACAAAGAGGCUAUAAGCUUCCUAGCUGCUGUUGGUGGUUGCUGGAGUUGCAUUGCUUCUGGUUGUCACAGAAUACUCUUACUGCUUUUGUGUUUUCAUAUUGCUGCUUCUUGAGACCAAAGAUGGAGGUAAUCUUUGUCAACUAAUGUAUUAUGGGUUAUUAUCUUAUCUUCUACAGGUAUAUCAUGCUGUUUGUUGUACUAUAUAUGGGAGAAAGUAUAAAUUAAGGAUUCUAAUACAGUUUUUCUCCACAUUGGAUGUAUAAAUUGGCAUGAUGAUUACCCUUGUGUGCCAGACUUACAUUCCUGAACGUAAUAGCACAGACAUGGUUUCAUAUA